ACUAGUUAACAAUUGAUCAUCUUCAUUCAAAAUGAUGACAAAAUAAUGAAACAUUCUGUAAUAUGCUGAAAUUUAUGUUUUCUUUCAACAACGGAGUAUACAUUAUCAAGUCAACAGUGACUAGAAUGAGUAUGUUGAAAUCUUACGCGAUAGGUAUAAUAGGUAGUUCCAAAUCACGUGAGUUGAAUCAGUUUAAUAUUUCCAAGGUCGCUGCAUUGGCCUCAUUGAGGGAGACCGACAGCACACAUCACUUUUACUUAACCCGUCCAAACAAAACAUUUAGCGAAAAAGAUUUCGAAUAUUUAUCAACUGAAUCUGUAAAUUCGAAUUGAUUACGCAUGAACUGAAAAUUAUCCCCUACCGUCACAAGUUCAAUGGAGGGCAUUGUGAUAAGUGUUAUCUUUAAUCAAAUAAUUCAUUGUUAAUGAGAGUGAACUAGCAGAUCUUCAACAGUCUAGUGCAACUGGGCCUGACCAUCAGCCAAACAUCCGACGAUGGAGAACUAUACAUCGGACAGUAGUGACAGUGAUAACAGUUACAAAAUAAUAGACCUUGCCUACCUGUUGCUGGACUCGACUACGGUAGAUUUAAAUUUGGAACCCUAUUUGGAAAACAAGAAACGCUCAUCGGAAAUCGAAAAUAUUAUACUGCACCACAAUCAACUGUCUUUCUUUCCCGAAAAUGUAUUCAGGUUUUCCAAUUUAAACACAUUAGACUUAAGCAACAAUGGACUCAAGAUACUUCCAGACAUCCUACAUUACUGCCCCUUGGUUUGCCUGAUAGCGAAAAACAACUUCCUGACAGAUGAUUCCCUACCAAAAGGGUUUUCCCAGAACUCCUUGAGAGAAUUGAAUCUUAGCGGAAAUUCCUUGAGGAAUUUUCCUGAGCAAGUAUGUGAUUUAGUGAAUUUAAAAUAUCUUUACUUAGGGGGCAACAAAAUCAGAAAUAUUUCCAGAAACAUUUAUAAACUAUCGAGUAUACAAAUUUUAUCUCUUGGAGGAAACGAAAUUGUGGAAGUUCCAAGUAUUUUGGGAAAACUGAAAAAUUUACACAUACUGUCACUAUGUGAUAACCAAAUAGAAACCUUACCUGCCCAUAUAGCUAAUUUACACAAUUUGAAAUCUCUUCAAUUACAUAAAAAUCGUUUGAAGGUUUUACCUCCAGAAAUCAUAGCUUUAAAAAAUUUAAACGAACUAAGCUUGCGAGAUAAUCCUCUAGUUGUUCAGUUUGUGACUGAAAUGUGCAAUAAUCCAGCUUCCUUAUUAGAAUUAGCUGCAAGAGUGGUAAAAUUACACAAUAUUGAAGUUGCAGAAGGAGAUAUACCAAAGACAUUAAUUAAUUAUUUGAAUUCUGCCCAUCAUUGCGUGAAUCCAAGAUGCAAAGGUGUUUACUUUAACAACAGAGUUGAACACAUUAAAUUCGUAGAUUUCUGUGGAAAAUAUAGGAUCCCCCUACUCCAGUAUUUAUGUUCUUCCAAAUGUAGAAAAGGGUCGAAGGAAGAAAUGGUCAGACCUUCUAGGACAUAUAUGAUGAAGAAGGUUCUCCUUGGAUGAACUGAAUACUUUACCAACUUCCAUCAAAACUGAAGAAAUUUACCAAGGUUGUCGAAUGAAUGAAAUAGAUUUUUAUCUCAGUUGUGUUCCUAGAGUAUUACUUUGGGCAGAGAAUCAAUAAAGACUUUGUAAUUUUUUUA